AUGGAGUAUGAACCGGAAAUUCCCCAGCCACGUGAGUCAGAAACCCUGCUAAUUGUCGUGGAUACGUACGUCACUGAACCAUCAACAUUCUUGUCUCUAAGAGAUGCGGCAAUGCGAAUGGCGCGUACUCGUCUUCUCUAUAGCUUAUUAAGGGAUGACUUGCUCGCAGUCAUCGCGUCCGGCUCGUCCACGACGAAAAAUAAACUCGCUUCUGAGAACGAGGGAGGGUAUUUGGGCUUGUGUGUGCUUCAAUCACCCGUAUCGAAGAAUCUCAAUGCUGUGCGCGUCCUUGCAGACCUGAAACAAGGGAUGCAGCCUAGUAAUUUACUGAAUGCACUGGAAGUCUGCGGAGACACUCUUUCUGAACCCGCCGUGACCCGUUCGAAGAAGAAGAGGGUCGUAUUAUUCACAGAUGCUUUACAAAUCUCUAAAUCGCUUUGUCCAGAUGAUGUUGAGGACUUUCAAGCGAUUUGCGAGCUCUACAAAGCACAAGAAAUACAAAUAGAUGUCAUAUACGAUUGCGAACAGCAGCUUGUGGAGAAGCUGCAGGAAAUUGAAGAAGUGGUCGAAGAUGCCGACUUGCUCUCAAUCAAAGACUGGAUGAACAAAACGAAGGGCUUUCAGUUAUCCCAUUUGUUUUCUCUAUGCAAGUUUUCGGGAGGUGUUUUUAUGUCGCGAAAGGAAGCUUCUCCGCUUGUAGACAUACCGACGCCGAAGGUCAAAAGGGCUACGGCAAAGUAUCGGGGCACUCUCAACAUUGCAGACGUUGUCAAAAUUCCAGUGAUGCGAUACAGCUAUGUCUAUGCGUCCACACCGGUCACCCCGAAGAAAUUGUCUUGGGAAGCUUCCACCAAGUGCAUUAACCCGAUUCCGGUUUUUGUUGAAACUCAACGCGUGGCAUCAGCGAAAGACGAUGCGCCACUGAAGCCAGAAGAGAUCAUCAACGCGUAUCCGUACGGCCCAGAAUUGGUCCCCGAACAGAAUGAAGUAGACACAUACGCAUGGUCCAUAGUUUUGCCGAAAGGACUAGAUAUACUCGGUUUUGUCGAACAGAAUUCCGUUCCUCAGCGACUUUUCAUGGGCCGAGUGGACGUAGUGAUAGCGAUGCCGAGUGUGCCAGGAGCUGAUGAAUUGAUGAAAACUUUGGUGCUGGCAAUGCAAGCAGAGAACGUUGGAAUCUUGGCACGAUCUGUUACCACUAAGAAGGGAGGGGCUCCGAGUUUGGUAUACCUCUGGCCCCGUGUCGAGGCUGAGAGGGAAACAGGUGCCUUGCGAAGCUUCUUUCUUUUUCAAGUGGAGAUUCCGAUGCGUGAAGAUGUUCGUGAUAUGCCGUUUGCGUCCUUAAUGGAAACAGCGGAAGAAAUCCCAGAGGCCGCUGAUCUUGCCAUGUCACGAUUUAUUUCUGCAGCAACAUUGGAUGUAGAGGCAGAGCACGGGGAUGGAGAUGAAGACGACCGCGAAGAGCCCGUGUGGCCCUCGGAGAUAUGCAACCCGAAUCUUGAUUGGAACAACAUCUGCAUUAUCCAUCGGGCUCUUGCUGGUAUAUCUGGUGCAGAUUUUCCUUCUCUUACUGAGUGGCAACAGCACCUGAUAAGCCCGCUUUCGUUUAUCGGAGAUAAUAGGAAGGAGGGCUUGCGCAGCGCAAUUCUGAACCUGAAAAGCGCCAUUCCUGUGAUUCCCGCUCAAAAGAAAGAAAAGAAAGGAAAGAGAACGCAUGAAGUCUUGAACGGGGAUAUGGCUUCAAUUUCUGAUUACCUGCCAAGAGAAAUGGUUGAAGGUCUUGACGAAAGAGAAGCAGACGAUGAAGGGGGAGAUGGUCAAAAUGCAGCAACAAUGCUUGCAGACGCCAGUGAUGAUGUUCUUUCGUUAACGGGUCUCGAGCUAGAGGACGUCGGCGACGAAACCCCUGUGUUAGACUUUGAAAACCUUGUCACCAUGAACAAAUUUAAUUUCGCUGCCGUUUCGCUGCUAGUUGUCGUUCGCCGUCUGAUAAGGGAUGUAGUUGAUGAUGAUAGAGCGAUGAAUUGUUUGCAGGCCUUGCGAAAGGCUAGUGUGGAGAGGAAAGAGCCGCGUUUCUUCAAUGAUUUUAUAAUCAGUUUAAUCGCGAGAUGCAAAAGAGAAGACACGACUGGAAAUCGCACGCGUGCAUUCUUUCGCCAUGUGCAUCGCUGUCACACCAUUAAUUCUACUGUCCAGGUCAUUUCAAUUGCGAAAAGGAGUGAGGGGGGAUCGGAAAGUGCAGCAGAUGAGGCCUACCGGGAGUUUUUAAGUAACGCAACGAAACGCAUUCACGCAAUUGUUUCAAAGGAACCUCAUGAUGUUUCGGUAUCAGCCGUCACAAAUUCGUAACUGGUGAGCGUAGCAUUCUAUUUCAUUUGUAGUAGUUGUGCUCACAUUGUGUAAGGCAGCAGUGGAAGAAAAGAGAACUAAUUUAGUUGUAACUAGGUGUCCACAUCAUUUCACGGCAGUGGUCCGGGCUGAGUAAAGCAGAGAGUGCUGUCGUUUUGAAU